AGGAACAACUUUGGGGAUGCAGAUUUCCUGAAUCAGUCGACAAGGUGGGGUAUGACUUCUCAGAGAUGCUAUUGUCUUUGACUCAAAUAUUUUCCUCAAGGGCAUCAUCGCUCCUGUUCCUGGUGUCCUACCUGCUUUUGUGGGAGAAUGUAUACUCUACAUCCACCUGUGCUGAGAGGAAUGCCACCAUCCAGGACUCCUUAGAGAAACUUCUUCAAUUGACAACAUUUAUAUCUCACGUAGUCAGUAGUGAAACUGCAAAACUCUUAACUGAAUUUAAUAAUCAGUAUGCCCACGGAAAGAGAUACAAUGAAAGAAUUCCUGGAACUUGUCACACUGCUUUAUUUGAUACUCCAGUAAACAAGGAACAAUCUCUAGGAAGUAAUCCAAAAACACUACUGAAAUUUGUACACAGUCUAUUGAAUUCAUGGACCAAUGCUCUGAAUCAUCUUGUGAAUGAAAUGUCUGCAAUGCAAGGAGACCCUUCCUCUCUUAUCUCCAAAGCUAGAGAGAUUCAAGCAAAAUUUCAUGAAAUCACAACAGGUGUUCAAACAACUCUCAGCAUGAUUGGAGAGAGAGAUAAUGAGACUUACCUUGCCUGGUCUGGACUGUCAUCUUUGCAGUCAAGCAAUGAAGAUGUUCGCUGUUUUUCUUUUCAUACCAUGAUCCGCUGCCUUCUCAGAGACUCUCGAAAAAUAAAUACUUAUCUUGAGGUCAUCAAGUACAAAAUGGUUGAUCAAAACAACUGUUAAUGCCAAAUUUAUAUAAUCUGCUUCUGAGAUGUGCCUUUAUAAGACACUACAGUAAAGCUUCCUUUUAAUUUCUCUUUCAUCUUUAAAAAAUAAAAAUUAUUUGGAAGU